UACUAAUUAAGUUUGUAUCCCCCUCACAUUCUCUCAACUUCUUAUACUUUGUGAUUGCAUAUUGCAGGAAAAGCGCUUCCACAAUUGGCUUGAAAAUGCAAGAGACUGGGCUGUUAGUCGUAGUAGAUUCUGGGGUACGCCACUUCCUGUGUGGACUAGUGACGACGGCGAGGAAACAAUAGUAAUGGAUUCCAUUGAUAAACUUGAAAAGCUUUCUGGUGUAAAGCUGACUUGCAUCGUCACAAAAUUGAUCAUAUCAGUAUCCCGUCAAGUCAUGGCCCUAGUUUUGGAGUGCUUCGACGCGUUGAGGAUGUGUUUGAUUGUUGGUUUGAGAGUGGAUCGAUGCCAUAUGCAUAUAUCCACUAUCCAUUUGAGAAUGUUGAGCUCUUCGAGAAGAACUUCCCCGGGCAUUUUGUGGCUGAGAGGUUGGAUCAAACUCGUGGCUGGUUAGUUUCUUGUCAUUUGUUUGUGUACUUAAUCAAUCUCUAUUUCCCUUCUUGUACAAGGGUUUCUAUCCUGCUAGUUCCUAGAUUAGGGCUUGUGAAUUUGGGGUAGUUGAGUGACUUGAGUCCUACUACCACAGCUAUCCAUGGGUGAACACCGUAAUCUUCAUUAGUAGUUCCCUACAUCACGGCGGCUUCUUAAUGAAAUUUAUAUUACUUGU